AGGACGGGGAGCACCCUGACCCUUCGCCUCGCCAGGUCACCAUGGCAACGGUCAUCUGUACCCGUUUCACCGAAGAGUUUCAGCUGUACGAAGAGCUGGGAAAGGGAGCGUUUUCUGUGGUGCGGCGCUGUGUGAAGGUGCUGUCGGGACAAGAGUACGCCGCCAAGAUCAUCAACACCAAAAAGCUCUCUGCCAGAGAUCAUCAGAAGUUGGACCGCGAAGCUCGAAUCUGUCGUUUACUGAAGCACCCAAACAUCGUGCGGCUCCAUGACAGCAUCUCAGAGGAGCUCCAUCAUUACCUCAUCUUUGACCUGGUAACGGGCGGAGAGCUCUUUGAAGAUAUCGUAGCCAGAGAAUAUUACAGUGAAGCUGACGCCAGUCACUGUAUCCAGCAGAUUUUGGAGGCGGUGCUACAUUGUCACCAGAUGGGCGUCGUCCACCGAGACCUCAAGCCAGAGAACCUGCUACUGGCCUCGAAGUCGAAAGGAGCGGCGGUGAAACUGGCUGACUUCGGCCUGGCCAUCGAGGUGGAGGGAGACCAGCAGGCCUGGUUUGGCUUUGCGGGGACCCCUGGUUAUCUGUCUCCAGAGGUUUUGAGGAAGGACCCUUAUGGCAAAGCCGUCGACCUUUGGGCCUGUGGUGUGAUUCUCUACAUCUUAUUGGUCGGUUAUCCUCCGUUCUGGGAUGAAGAUCAACAUCGUCUCUACCAGCAGAUCAAAGCUGGAGCCUAUGAUUUUCCUUCCCCUGAAUGGGACACCGUGACUCCUGAAGCCAAAGAUCUCAUAAAUAAGAUGUUGACCAUCAAUCCGUCUAAAAGGAUCACAGCAGCCGAGGUGCUCAAACACCCCUGGAUCUCUCAUCGCUCCACGGUGGCGUCCUGUAUGCACAGACAGGAGACGGUCGAGUGUCUGAAGAAGUUCAAUGCAAGGAGGAAACUCAAGGGAGCCAUCUUGACCACCAUGUUGGCCACCAGGAAUUUCUCCGGAGGGAAGAGCGGCAACAAGAAGGCCGACGGCGUCAAGGAAUCAUCUGAGAGCACAAACACCACCAUCGAGGAUGAAGACACCAGAGUGAGGAAACAGGACAUCAUUAAAGUGACAGAGCAGCUCAUCGAGGCGAUCAGCAACGGAGACUUUGAGAGUUACACUAAAAUGUGUGACCCGGCUGUCACGGCGUUCGAGCCUGAGGCGUUGGGGAAUCUGGUCGAAGGCCUUGACUUCCACCGCUUUUAUUUUGAAAACUUGUGGUCGAAGAACAGUAAACCGGUCCACACCACCAUCCUGAACCCUCACAUCCACCUAGUUGGAGAGGAGGCCGCCUGCAUCGCUUACAUAAGAGUCACUCAGUAUAUAGACUCCAAUGGGACGCCUCGCACCGCCCAAUCAGAAGAGACCAGGGUGUGGCACCGUCGUGAUGGGAAGUGGCAGAUUGUCCAUUUCCACCGCUCAGGAUCCCCAUCCACGCUCAGCAAGUAAGAACAGUUAACUUCCAGAGUGGGCGAGUCUUUACACUGUCGCCUUGACAACUGAUUGAUUGACAGCAGGCCAGCGUGUGACACCAGACAGGAAGUUUGAGAGGAGAGGAGGGGCGGAGCUAGAGAGCAGUGAACUGCACAAUCAACCAAUCAACUUCCUCUUCUCAGCUCUUUUGGACUUCAGCCACGCCCUCUUUGUGAUUAGCCAAUCAGCUGCACAGAUUGUAAUGACGUGUGAAAACCGCUUAUCUCCUCCGUCGGGAUGAUUGACAGGAUCAAUGCCUCCUUCACGUCCCUUAAAAUUACUUCUUAAUUUCCCUAAAACUCCACAUUUCAAAAGCUUCUCAAAGAUUAAUGCCUCGUAAAUAAAUAUGUGACACUUAUUAAUAUAAAGAUAUUUAAGAGGUGUAUCAGAUUAUUGGAUGAAUUAGUGGACUGGAAUGUAUUAAUGUUAUUUUAAAAUGUUGUCUGCAUCAAUUAAGGGUUUUUUAAAAGGGUCAAACCACCUUAAUUAUUAUAAAGUAAUGUUACAUGUAAACACGGGGGGGGGGGAUUCUGAGGUUUUGAAGUGAAAGUCAUUAAUUGAGACAUCAAGUGGUACAUUUACAAGAAAAAACUCAUUCAGUAUGUUGUUUUCUUCAUCACUAUGAUGAUGAAGACGAGAUGAUGGUUCUUCGUCUCUGAGGAUUCUGACGUGUGACGACUUUACAACGCAAAGCCUUCUUUAUUUACCAACGAGGAAUAAAAUACUAAUUAGUAUUCGAGCAAAUAAAAACAAACAUUUUGACUUUU